AUCCUUGCAAAUACUCACUCUUUGCCAAUGUGAACUAUAUGGUAAAUUCCCAAUUGGAAUAUUCCAUCUCCCAAACUUAACAGUCUUGAAUUUGGGAGGAAACCAAAAUCUUAGGGUUGCAGUUUUUAUGGGGCCAUUCCUUCUUCGCUUGGCAACCUCACCCAACUUGCCCUCUUAGAUCUUAGCAAUAAUGGCCUUGAAGGUGAGAUCCCUCACUCUCUUUUUAGACUCGAGAAUCUUGAAUACUUGUAUCUGCCGUAUAAUUUCUUUGAAGGGCAUCUAGCACUUGACAUGUUUUUGAAGCUAACAAGGCUUAAUGAUCUUGACUUAUCUCUCAACAAAUUGUCUUUGUUGUCACAAAAUAGGGCUGUCAAUGUGACAAUUCUUCCUCCAAUUCAGUGGUUAGGAUUGAGUCGGUGCAAUUUAAAUGGAGAAAUUCCAACUUGGCUAAUGAAUCUAACCACUUUAAAUCACUUGGAUCUUCAUGACAAUAAUCUUCAAGGUGAAAUUCCAUAUUUCCUCUUCAAGUUAGAGAAUCUUACAGUUCUUGAUCUAUCUGGUAAUGUGUUGGAAGGACAGAUCGAGCUUGAAAUGCUUUCAAAGCUCAAAAAGCUUACUGUACUUGGUUUAGGCGGAGGCAACAAAUUGUCUUUUCUUGAAGGGAACAACACUUCCAUUGUAACAUUUCCUUCUCAAAUUCAAUUUUUGGAUUUAAGGUCAUGCAACUUAGUUCAUUUUCCCAAUUUUAUACAGCACUUGCAAGAGUUGACUGAUCUUUACCUAUCAAACAACAGCAUAAAGACAAUACCGAGUUGGUUAUGGAACAAAACAACUCUUCAGAGUUUGGAUAUUUCCAACAACCUAUUGAUGGGAGAAAUACCCCCCUCCAUAUGCAACCUGCAGUCACUUGUGGUACUUGAUUUAUCUUCCAACAAUUUAGUUGGCAUGAUUCCAUCAUGUUUAGGAAGCUUUAGCCGAUCUCUUCACAUUUUGAGGCUCGCAGGAAACAAAUUGAUAGGUAAUAUUCCUCAAAAUUAUGCGAAAGAAAAUGCACUUCAGUUGAUUGAUUUUAGCUCAAACAAGUUAUAUGGUCAAUUACCAAGAUCAUUUAUCAAUUGCAGAAUGCUAGAGCUUCUUGACGUAAGUCAUAACCAUUUCAAUGAUUCAUUUCCUUCUUGGUUAGGAUCUCUCCCUAAUUUAAAGGUUAUUUUUUUACGUGAUAAUAAAUUUCACGGAGCUAUAAAGUGUCCAUUAAGAUGCACAUUUCCUCAGCUUCGUAUCAUUGAUCUUUCUCAAAAUGAGUUUUCUGGAGAAUUGUCAUCAGAAAUAAUCAAGAAUUUCAAAUCGAUGACACUUUCCAACACAAGCCACCAAGUACAGUUCAAGGACGACGUUUAUCAAUUGCAACAUUCUUGGGUUGACCUUAGUUUGUUUGUAUUUCCAAUGCAUAACAAAGGGGUUGUCAUGGAGUAUGUUGGGCGUCAAUACUUUCAUUACAUGGUAGCCAUUGAUCUUUCAUGUAACAAAAUUUCUGGUGAGAUUCCAGAUAUCAUGGGAAGUCUGAAUAGGCUUGUCUUGCUUAAUUUGUCCAAUAACAUGUUUACCGGCAGCAUCCCAUCUUCCUUCGGAAAGCUUUCAAAUCUUGAAGUGUUGGACCUUUCUGCCAAUAGCCUGUCAGGGGAAAUCCCCCAACAACUCACAGAGUUAACAUUUUUGGAUUUCUUCAAUGUGUCUUUCAACAAUCUCUCAGGUCCAAUCCCAGAAAAUAGACAAUUUUCCACUUUUCAAGAUAAUUCAUUUGAGGGAAACAAAGGUUUAUGCGGGUUUCAAUUGUUGAAGAAAUGUGAAGAUCAUCCUAAGCUUCCAUUGCAAGAACCUGAUGGCGAUCAAGAUUCUGAGUCGGGAUCUUUCUUUGAAUUGUAUUGGAUGGUAAUUCUGAUUGGAUAUGGGGGUGGCCUUGUUGCCGGGUUAGCACUGGGAAAUGCUUUUGUUGGAGAUGUUUUUAGGUUGCUGAAGAGGAUCUUUUAAGUCACAAUUCUAGAUGUUGGUUUUUUCAUGUGUGUAAUCUUAGACUAUUUUCAUUUUUGUGUUUGCGUUUGAAGUUAUUGUGUUCCUUUUAUGUAAGAGUCUGCUAUGUGUAUACCCAAAUAAAAGUAGGCAAGUGAAAAAGAUAAAAUAUAGUCUGUUAUAUAUCUAUUUUGUUUUGCUAUUUUUUAUAUAAGAAAAGUCGUACAUUGUGUUCUUUGC